AUGUCAACCCCAUCGUGGUCCGUGGAAGCCAAUUUUGACCAGUAUAGCGCUUUUGAGAAGCCAGAAAAGUCGAGGAUCCAAGCAGGCGGUGGUUUGCAGGGCCAGUUCUCAAUCGAAGCAACCUUUGACAAGGCAGGCUUUCCUGCGUCACGCACGAUGAUGAGCGCAACGUCUUCCAUUAUCCAGGAGCACUAUAUUUACAAUAGUCUGGAUCAGCUAUCGCGAGUGCAUGAAUUUAAUACUGGAGAGACCGUCGACUACACGUAUGUCGCGCGACGAUUGAAAUCUUCGCAAUCGGGAUCGAAUCCAAUCCAGACCUAUGAUUACGACCUAUCCGGCAAUCCAACUGUUAAGAAAGACAUUUCUUCGUCGUACACGACCGGGAAACUCGUAGGGACUCGUGGCGGCGUCAAUGAUGUAGAAGUACAGUUUGAGAAGGCCGGGCGGAUGUACAAGCGCCAGCCCAACGGCGCCGCCAUGACAUUUGGCUACGACGGCUUCGGCAAAUUAACAUCUAUGGUUGACACCAAAUCAGGGAAGAAGAAACUCCCCGACGGCUCGUUGGAAUUGAGCCUGAGUCCAGACUAUCGGGUGACGGUCGGCGCGGAUGGUUCUCGUCGGAUUUCCCGGCGCGUCUUUGGCCCCGAUCGUCUGAUGGCAACCGUCACGACAGACAUAGCUGCCAAAAAAAGCACCGGGCCCGCAUCGGACGAGCAGAAUUACUUGAAUGUUCUGCACACGGAUACCAAAGGCAAUGUCACUCACACGUUUGGCUCUGACGGCACUCUGAAGCAAAAGUUCCAAUUCGAUGCCUUUGGCAUUAUGACUCCAAGGAGUGGGGAGGAAAACUCGACGACAUAUGAAACCAUGGCCUUGGACACGAUGACUGGUCUUCUCGACUUUGGCGCGAGGUGGUACGAUCCACUGGUUGGUCGUUUCGCCACUCCGGACGACAUCUUGGACGAGGCCUCGCUGAAACGGCAGGACGGUCUCAACCGGUAUGCUUUCGAAAACAACGAUCCCAUCAACCAUGUCGACCCCACGGGGCACUGGAGCUGGUCAUCUGCCCUGGGUUUGACGGCUGCGAUUUUGAUGAUAGGCAUUGGCAUCGGAUUGAUGUUCGUGACUGGGGGAACAUUUGGAAUUGUUGUUGCAGCUUUCUCUGGAGCCUUCCUCAGCGCCGGUAUAGCCGGAGCAUUUCACGCGUGGGAGCAUCAAGACGAAAAGGAUCCCGGAACUUUCUGGCGCGGCCGGGGAUCAACCGUGGGAAUCAAUUUCGGCAUCGGCUUCGUGACCGGAGGCUUGGGAAAAUACCUCUCGGGGGCGAGCGUUAUGGCGAGAUUUCUCGGGGCGUCACAGCGUUUCGCGCAAAGACUCUUCUCCAACACCACGGCGCAGCGUAUCCUCGCCAGGGCACUCUAUUACGGGGGUUCGGCGCUCGUCGGGGCCGUCGGCAGUGCAGCAACCAAAGUGGCUUCCAAUUGGGUUGAGCGCGAUUUCUACGGCCACAAGGACGUGUCGCUGUUUGACGGUGUCGGAGCUGCGUUCGCCACGGGCUUCGCCUUGGGCGUCGCGUCAAGCUACUGGGGGGCCAGUGGUAGUGACAAGGUCUGGCAGAAGUACGAUAAGCUGGUGUACAAGGUCGAGCAACCCAUCACUGGAAUCAACUACCCCAAGGACAUUUACGCCAACCUCUUCUCCAAGAACACCACCAACGAACUUGCCCAUGCCGCGGGCGGAACUUGGGAUAAAGUUGCGCGUACCAAUCCCUUUAAUGCCUUUGCUGCGGCGAAAAAGUGA